GUCCAUCGUUUCGCACCCUCUUCCUCUCUCUCUCUCUCUCUGUCUGUGUCUCUCUGUGUCUCUUUCUGUCUGCCUGUCUGCCUUUCUUCGCUUUUACCCUUCAAUUUGCCUGCUUCCUUCUCAUUUGACGACGUUUCCCAGCAAUCUCCUCCUCCUUGCAGCUCCUUGCAAGCCCUGUACUGUACUGUACCUUCUCACCAUCCUGGUAUUGCCGUAACCCUGCAUUGCCCAUCGGUAUCAAACGUCCAGUCUAGACCCUUUGAUCGUCGCUCCACGCUGUACACAUCUCCGCUACCGCCGAUCGAACAAAAACCCGUCAUUCCCCUCCUCUCGUGCUUCGCUCUCGAAGCGUCGUACUCGACCCUUUCCUGUCCGGAACCCUUCUCUUGCCCAGAGAAUGUUUGCGACGAAUAUUAAUUCCUUGGAGACGGAUUGAAGCCGUACCGGCCCGGUCGACCUCGACCUUCCUUCAUUCCUUCCGCGACGCCUACGUGCGCCUUCCACCAUCCAACAAUGGCGGCCACCGAGACAGCACCCCACGACUACUUUGACUUGCAGGACAUGGACGAUUCCCCGAGCCUAUCCAAUGGCUGCGAAGACAUGUCAAUAGCCAUGCCCUCCACACCCUCACCCACCACAGCAGCCCUUACCGCUCUGCAGUAUUUGCCCAUACCUAUGCUUGUCUUGUCUGAUCAGAAAACCGUCGUGCUGGCCAAUGAAGCCAUGGGCCGCCUUUUGGGCAUUGAAUUUGAAUGUACGGCAACCGACGGCAUAACCGUCAGCGAUGCAUUGGAGGGCAAGGGCAUGGCCGACCUGGGCGUCGAUAUACUGCAAAACGGCUCUCCGCUUCUGGUGUCCUGGGAGGACUUUCUGGACUCGUUGCUACAAGAUUCGUCUUCGGGCUUAGUUCACCUGGGUGAUGGUCUUGACGGUUCUUCCCAGAGCGGCGGAACUACACCCACGGCUACUGAGACACCGCCUAAGCUGCCCAGAUUGAGCAGUUCCAACUUGACCAGGACUGUAGUUCGCGAUAUCUCUGUCGAUGUGGUCAUUUUGCCCUACAGUCGUGAUGGUGGUCGCUGCCCACCAGGACAGAGUAAACCGUUUGUUGGUGAUGAUGCCCUUCAAGCUACACUCAUCAUCUCUGUUUGGAGCAUUGAAAACACCCAAUAUUUUACCUUGACUUUCACGAGCGCUCAGCCUGCAGAGUCGCCCCACAACUCGCGUCCUUCGAGCCGGUUUGUAACUAGAACAGCCACAAGCUUUAACCUGAGCAAGUCGCACAGCUCAACUAGUUCGUCUUCCGGUCGCAGGUCCGGAUCUCACUCGAAUGGCGCUUCCAAGGUUGCCAGCCCCAACACUGCCCCGGUCGACUUUCCACCACGCGGUCCUCCUCUCAAGGCCAAGAACGAUUUGUCAAUAACCGCUUCCAUUUUUCAGAAGGCAUCUCAAAUGAAGGACGCUAUCCUCAACUCCAUCAACAUGCCUGCCUAUGCUAUGUGGAAAGAUGAAUCAUUUGGUCUUCCCAACAAAGCCCUUCUCCAGUUUAUCACCAAUGAAGAAACAUAUAAUCCUUCUGACCAGCGCGCCUUCCUCAGCCAAUUCACAAUAUAUACGGAAGACUUUUCGAGAGAGCUAGAUGUGGACGAGUUUCCAGUCAUGAAGAUAGUGCGCAGCCAAAAACAGGCCAGUCGCCGCUUAGGAAUGUCACACCCUGUCACUGGAAUAAACCAUGUCUUUGACGUAGUAGGGGAGCCCGUCUUACACAACACGACUGGAGAAUUUCUGGGUGGCAUUGUUGUCUUCAAGGAUGUUACCGAAUACACUAAUAAAAUCGCAGCGCAGGUCGAGAAGAACGAGCGACAAUUCGAGUAUAUUGCCAACUUCAUACCUAUUCUGAUAUGGACAACGACCCCCGAAGGUGCUCACGAUUGGUACUCUCAACGAUGGUACGACUAUACCGGACAGACCGUCGAGCAGUCGCUGGGGGAAGGCUGGCGAGAUGCGUUCCACCCCGAAGAUCUGCCAGCAACAACAGAACGCUGGCUUAGAUCAUUGGCGACUGGAGAAGAGUACAACACCGAAUAUCGAGCGAGGCGACACGAUGGCACCUGGCGAUGGAUGCUCGGUCGAGCUGUGCCCUUCUAUGACGAUGAUGGAAAGAUAUUGAAAUGGUUCGGGACUUGUACGGAUAUUCACGAUCUCGUCGAGGCCCGUCAAGCCGCGCGGCAAACCAAAGCUCAACUUCUCAGGGUUAUUGAACACGCUAAAGUCACUCUAUGGGCUGUGGAUAGACAGAAGGAAAUCACUCUCCUCGAAGGGAUAAGACCAGGUCUCGCCAGCCACAAUGCAAUUGGUCGGAAUAUAUUCGAAUAUUUCGGUGACAUGGAACGCUGGCGGAAAUCGAUUGACGGGAUGUUGAUGGGCGAGGGCCAAAAUGAGCUAAUAGAAAAAUUUGUCGAAGAUGGGCGAUAUUACCGAACGCGGCUUGUGCCAAUGUGGAGCCGAUCAAGAGUUGGAGGCGUGGACGGAGAAAAUUACAUCGACGGAGUUAUUGGGGUUUCGAUGGACGUCACAGAACUACGGCAAAGGGAGAUGCAGUUGAAGCAGCAAGAAGAAGAGAACAGCAAGCUGGUCGCGAAUGCCGUGGCGGCGAAGGAAGCCAGUCGGAUGAAGAGUCAAUUCCUCGCCAACAUGAGCCACGAGAUCCGAACUCCCAUUGCAGGUGUGAUUGGAAUGAGCGAGUUAAUGCUGGAUAUGGACUUGGAUGCAGAACAGAGAGAAUGUGCAGAGAACAUUCAGCGGUCGGCGAAUGGGUUGCUAACAGUGAUUAACGACAUUUUGGACUUUUCCAAGGUUGAAUCAGGGCGACUAGACGUCGAGGAGGUGCAAUUCAGUCUAUCGGUCGUGCUUCGCGACGUCAACAAGAUGAUGUCUUUCGCUGCGCAAAGGAAGAAUAUUGCUUACGAGAGCUUCAUUCAAGCCGAAGUAGAGAGGGACCUGAGAGUUAUGGGUGACCCCGGCCGGCUGAGACAGAUUCUCACGAAUCUUUUGACCAACAGCAUCAAAUUCACAGGCGAAGGGCAUGUUCACUUGAAGGUAUCAGUGACAGAAGAGACAAAAGACACAGUUACGGUAUGCUUCGUAGUAAAAGAUAGUGGCAUAGGCAUCGAGGAAGAAGUGCGCAAACGCCUGUUUCGCCCGUUCAGCCAGGCGGAUUCUAGUACGGCGAGACGCUAUGGCGGGACCGGCCUGGGUCUUACGAUCAGUAAGAAUCUUGUCGAACUGAUGCGAGGUACUAUCAGCCUGGAGUCAAAGUUGGGAUACGGCACAGUGGCGACAUUUUCUAUUCCUUUCAACCGGGCACCUUAUCCAAACGGGAACUCCCCUCUGAUCGAUUUGGCAUCGAUUCCAGAUCGACUACAGUCUGACGUUUCGGUAUCCUGUUCAAGUUCAGCCGAUCACACACCACCGCUUACACCCAAGUACUCCAACGGGAGCACAGUAUUAGGAUCUGGGCGAGGGGAAGCGCAACCGCUACACAUGUCCCCUUCCCUCAACGCCAGUAUACCAGAUCACUUGAUGAGCCUGCCCGAGAGUGAAAGGAAGCACAUUCAUAUCCUGGUGGUGGAAGACAAUCAAAUCAACCAGCAGAUUGCGCUUAAAACGAUCAGGAAAUUGCACUUCAGCGUCAAUGCGGUAUGGAACGGUCAGGAGGUGCUCGACUACCUAUCACAGAAACCAUCUCCGAGCCGCCCACGACCAAACAUCAUCCUCAUGGACGUUCAGAUGCCCAUCCGCGACGGGUACAGCGCGACGCAGGCGAUUCGAACCGAGUUUGACCAGGUGCCCGAGGUGCGCAAUGUGCCCAUCAUUGCGAUGACAGCGUCGGCAAUCCAAGGAGACAGGGAGAAAUGCCAGCAAGCGGGAAUGGACGACUACCUGUCGAAGCCAGUCAAGGGCAAGCUGUUGGAGAAGAUGCUGGUCAAAUGGGCUGUCGAGGGCAGCCGGCGCAAGGUGCGUGCCAAGGCGCAGGCGGCCGCAAACGAAAGGGAUCGGCGGGGAGGCGCGCCAACCGAUGAUGCGGGCCCCAGCGCAACUGCCCAAAACCCUCCUGAUCACCUCCCGCAAAUCGCUCAGCCGCUCAAAUCUGAAACGGCGGCGUCUCCCGCACUGACGGCUGAGCUUGACCGCCUGCACUACCAGAACGACACUGCCUUGGCCAAAUCCUCCGAGACCGAUGUCGACCGUGCCCUGCGACGCAUUCACGCCGAAGAGAUGGCUUCCACGCUGCGCGACGACAAGCUGCUCUCGCUGACGGGGGCAGAGCUGGCCUUGUUGAGCGAUCGCGACUCUGUACCGAAGCUGCCCUUGACGCAGGAGAACAUGCAGAAGCUCGAGAAGGCUGCGGAGCCCGUGGCCAACCGCCAAUCGCGUCAGGCCAACGACGACCGUGUUUCCAACGCCCCAGAACCCCGAAGUCGGAGCGACAGCAUUACGCGUUCUUCCACCCAGGUCAGACCCUCGUUGAUGGACACCAGGCUUCGCGACAGCCAGCAGACUGUCCUUGCGAGAUCCCCGACAAGUACCUGA